UACUGAUAGCAACUCUGCACCACAGAGAUACUCCCACAUCACGUUGGUGAUUCCUCCUAUGUUCAGUGCGGUACCUGGGCUCACAGCGGAGGUGGAGGCCAUCUGGUUCGAACUGCUGUCAGUGCAAGCCUCAGAAUUGGCGCUGUUACGGGCACCACUUACAUUCCUCCGCCUUGGAAGGAGUGAAGACUCACAGACCGAAAUGAUUUUACUCAGAUAUGAGACUGUGUUAAAGUCACCUUUAUGCUUGGAGCAAGAGCAUUACCCCCCCCCCCCCACCCCCAGUAACUCGGAGCAGAUGGACUGCAGUGGGAUCUAUCGCUUGACCACACUCUCCCGCAUAAAACGGUCGUACACAAGGUACCGUUUGGGCUACUUCUUUAAACCGAAAAGCUGGACCGAACCAGGGAACAACAGCAAAAACAAUUUGCAUUCCAAGUGUGCCAUCUUACCAAGGACGAUCAGCAGGAGGCUCGAAGAACACAGCAAGCCAGGCAGCAUCAGAAGAUGGCGAAGUCAACGCUUCGGGUGUAACCCAAGGAGAUUGGCUGCAGUGAUUAGGGAGGUUCCUUUGAUUUUUAUGUUUUCUUAUGAAAGCCGUGGUUCAGUUUGGCAACCGACAGUUGCAGCUGAAGUCAAGGGAGCAAAAGAGAAAAAUGUAAAGGGAAGUGCACCUUAAGCAGUCAAAAUACUAAAGUAAUAGUUCACCACCAAGAAUGGGACAGCAACACUCAGGUUUGGAGACAGAGUUUAUUCGGAAGAAGGGGCUGAAAGAUUUGCCAUGUUCAGAGCUAGAGGAAGAAAUCUACAAUAACUCACAUAGUGAAAACAAGCAGUUAGUUUGGGAACAGUGGAGUGUAAUUUGUAGCUGUCCAAAGCCAAUGAAGAGUGUAGAAGUAGGAGUGCCUGAUUUGUAUUUGGAGUCAAUCCUAAGCUUCAGCUGAGAAAGCUACAGUCAUGGAGUUUUGAAGAAAAAUUGGAGAACUGAUUAGCCAAAAGCUAAUGGAAACAUCACUAAGAAAUGUUAUACUUCAGAUUUAUAUGAACAGCAUGGGAUCUGAUUCCUGUUCAGAUCAUGUUGGAUUUGGGGCUGAUCUGUUGUUAAAAAUAUCAUGACACUUUGCCAAGGUUAGGCAAAUAUUCCUCACGGACUUGCCUUCAAGCAAGGAACUCAAAGAAGAAUGUCCUUCAUGGGAUCACUUUUGUUUUUAUCGCAUUGGUGGGGAGUCUUGCCGGUCACAUCAAAUAUCGAAAAUUCAAUUAAUACACCAACUUCUAUUGUGCAUGUUCCAUAAUAUUUACUCCCUUUUGGAACUAUUUCAGAAAGUUUUCCCUGACAUUUAUCUUUACCUUUUUUAUUAAGGUCUAUGCUUUGUAAAAAGAGUUAAAAUAAACUGGUGGUGAAUUCGAUAUGGUUUUGGGAGCCAUGUCAUCAAUAUGUCUUAUCAUAGAUGUAUUAAAAAACUCCGAGACAGGAAGCAAAGAUUCACUUAAGCAAGUAAAGGAUAGGCUAUGAUUGAAGGAAGCAAGAGUUUGGAGUUAAAAUAAGGGUGUGCAUAGGCAGGAUGAAUUGUAGGUCAUGAAAAUGUGCUGAGUCUGGAAAUAAUUGAUGAGAUUAUUUGUAUUUUGAAUCAACCUGUUUUGAGAUGUUAUGACACAUCUCUUGAGUAGAUCGCCAGAGGAAGGGACCCUACCACUAUGCCACAAAGGUUAUCCUGAUGGCAUCAUAUUCUGGGGUCUCCAUGACAUUUGUAAUUAUUUAGGCUUUGGCAGCAUCUUCAGGGACAACUGCACAAAUGAGUUGCUCAUUGAGUAGACUGUGCCAACUGGGACAAUUUUUUUUUAACAAGGAGGGAAUAAUCUAGAUGUGGUGACAUGAGAUUCUAUUAAGCUGGUGCUUUUCAUAAAAUUAAGAUUCAAGCUUCUGUGGACAGCCAGGGAAAGAGUUAUGGUACUGAAUGGAUAUAAAUUCAGAAGCAGCCAGUAGAAUGGAGCAACUGUGAAGCCAAACUAAUGGGGGCAAAGUGGAGUGAAGAAGGAAUUUAAAAGUUACACUAAAUGGAAACUCAUUUGUGGGGACACUGAAGAAAGACUUGGAGAAUGGAAACACUCCGCAUUUUAUGAUAGGAAUUGGCAUGUUCUGGGAUUGUCUUUAGACAGAAACUAACAAAGUGUAUGAAUACUGUGUAAGCUUUGAUCUACCCAACAACAUUGCGCAGCUAGUGUUUAUGCAAAUAACUUUCCUUAAUGCAUUCAUAAAUUAUCUUUGCCUGCUCAACUGAUUCACUUUUUAAUGCUUUUAUAAAUAAUUUCAACAGCUAUUUUUUUGCAGUUACAAUCAAUCAAAACAAAGUUUAGAAUUAUUGUUGAUAAUAAAUCAAAUGCAAAAUGUUAAUUUGAAGUUCCUCAGUCUAUUAUUUUUGAGAAGAUAUUUCUUAUAAUGAAAAGUGCUUCCAAUCUCUUAUUUUCAUAUUUUUCAGUCAUAAAAUAAAAUAUCAGCCUAUUUUUUUCCUUCUUCAGAAUGUGGACGUGAAUGUCAAAUUAAUGUUGCCAUCUCAGGAGUUUUUGAAUGGUUUAAUAUAUUUUUCAUAAUAUGAGUUAUGGAGGAAGAAACCCAAAAAUUGGAAAAAUGGCAGAAUAUAAUAUGUCAAAUCAGACAGAUUGGAUAGUCAGGAUAAGGGGAAGUCCUUUGGAAGGGAUGGAAAAGGGUGAGAGUGAAAUUAUAGAAAAUUAAAUAGAUGUGGGAAACUGGGAGAACGGAAUAAGAUCCAUUUACAGGAAGUGGGUUUGAGGAAGGAGAAGGGCUUUGCUAUGUGGAAUUCAGUAUAUAAACCAACAACAAGCCACAUGUAUCUUUAAAUUUUAAUGAAAAUUUUAGAGGCGCGCUUCAGAGCAUGCAGAUCUGCAGGUUUAGAGAGUGGGGUUACAGUGAGUGAGAUGACCUGAGAAAUGAAUAGCCACUGCAUUCAGGUUUUGCUCAUUUCCUGCUGAAAAGCAGCAGGGAUGUGGGAGACCUUCCGAAGAGCAUUUUGGCCAUAAUGUUUAAACAAGCACACGUGCAAGUGGUAGCUUUUGCAUUUGCAUUUAAAGUGUUUCUGGCAGUUAAUGUUUUGUUAGUAUUUAGGUUGUAAUAAGUUGACCCUAUUUGUUUGAAAUGCAAGUUUAUUAACCUUCAAAACCUUGUGAGAACCUUAUCAGAAACAGAUGUUGCCAUCCUUCCGCUUAUAACUUGUCUUACUUUAGUUCAUCUCAAUCCUGGCACCAUGUUCUGUAAUGAUAGAGGCAAAGAUUCUGUUAAAUGAAGAAUUCUGGACAAACAAAAUGUCAUGAGAGAAGCAAGAAGCAAUACGAAUUGCUGGCACAGGCUGAGUGAUCAGAAAGUGCUUGAAAUCUUGCAAUGUUUUGCUGUUUGAUGAUUUGUCCAACAAUUGACAUUUAAGUAGCUUUGUAAUGUAUGAAGCAACUUGCACAAAAUUAUGCGAUUGAAAUAUCUUGUAUGGUGGCUACUUUUUGUGGACAGCUCUGCGUCUGUUGUCUGGUAUUAUCUAUAAACUUUCAACAUGUUAUGCCAUUAAUGACAUUUUCUUUGGCUUGUGUAUUGAUGAAAUGCAAGUCACAGUCACUGUAAACUAAAUGAACACUUACAUGGAAUACCUCUUAGUGCAAUGCCUGUAUUGAAAUGUAAAAUCAAGCUGCUUCUGUUCAUACUUUUGCUGCAGAAUAUGGGUUUAAUAUGUGUUCCUGAUGUGUAAACCAUGCAUUAAACUAACGUGA